GUUUGUUUUGUAUCUCUUUAUGUCGGUGUCCAUACCGCUAAUCAGUGGACAGACUCCUGAUAAUUCAGGAACUCCCCCCACACCAACUAAUGGAACCUCAGAAACUUCCCCCACACCCACUAGUGGAACAUCAGGAACUUCCCCCACACCAACUAGUGGAACCUCAGAAACUUCUUCCACACCCACUAGUGGAACAUCAGGAACUUCCCCCACACCAACUAGUGGAACCUCAGAAACUUCACCCACACCCACUAGUGGAACAUCAGGAACUUCCCCCACACCAACUAGUGGAACCUCAGAAACUUCUUCCACACCCACUAGUGGAAUAUCAGGAACUUCCCCCACACCAACUAGUGGAACCUCAGUAUACCUAUAG